AGUUGUUUUAGUUAAGUUGCAGGUGAAAAGUUGGAGCUUAAAAUGCUCUCUCUCCUCAACCUUCUUUUACAAAACGAACCAAAGCAACUCAUCAUCAAUAGCUUUUAAUUUUUCUCUCUUCAUUUUGCUUAUGUCUACUUUACAUGAGGAUGGUGAAGUUGAUUUUGAAGAAGGAAUUAUUUGGUUACCUUCUCAUGUUCUUGACCAGGCAUGCGACUCUAAGUGUUCUGUAAAUAUGAGAAACGGUCAACAAAAACAUCAGCGACAGGACCGCCGAAGUUUGCCCCGGGAAUCACACUCGCAGUACUCAAAGUUUCCUUCAAGUUCAUCAUUUCAAAGGCCCAAACAUGCCACAGGUGGGCCUGGAAUGCAGGCCCUUUUCUUAGAUUAUGGGCAAAAGUCAUGUGGUACCGGCGUGUUCUUACCCCAAAAAGCAGGAACAAAACCAACCAAGAAGCCGGCUUGCGCUCCUGUCCUCCUUCCAGCCCGAGUCAUUCAAGCACUAAAUAUUAAAGUGCACACAUUUGGUCUGCAUAUUUCACCUCCUCAAGUUUCUAAAUAUAAUAUAAGAUGUGAAGAAGUAUACACUAAUGAGUCAACAAAGAAGAUAAUUGAUCGGAAAUAUGGUCUAUGUCAAAGUUCUUCUCCCGAUAUAUUUCUUCCAAAGGAAUGGACUUACUAGCUCCUAAUUUGAAUUUAUUAGAAAAAGAAGCUCCAAAUUUGAAUAAGUUAGAAAAAGCUUAUAACACAUAAAAAGGCACAGCGUGUGGUAAAGACAGUUUCUUUCUCAUAAUAGUUGAGCUGCUAAAUUAAUUGUACUAUCAUGUUAAUUAGCUCUGAUGAUGUAAUAUUGUUAAAUUUAAUAAUAAAAGCUUGAUCAUCGGGUCUCACUUGUUUA